AUGAUCAAACAGAAGACACAUUUAAUGAAAUCUUUGGGCGUUAUGCUUGCAUACUUGAUGUUGUGCAUGCAAGGUGUAAUGAUGGCAGGUCGACAUGCAUGUACAGUUUUUUUUGGAGCGAAACAGGAUGGUGCUUACUUCUGUCAAGUAUCUAAUGGCCGAAUUUAUACUUGUACCCGCCCAGUAAAAGCCUUUCCAGUGACGAUGACUGGAUGUAUCCCGUACUAUGACAUCGACGAUUUUUCCCUUGGGCCGGCCCCAGUUGCACCUACGCCAAAACAAUGUGAUGCUAUCAAAGUGCAUCGACCACGUAAGAAACCGGUGUAUGCAAAUUGUGUCGUACUUCAAAACGGACAAAAAGAAGCAUAUCGAUGUGAAGUACCAAAACGCGCAGCGAUGGCAAUGGAAGGUUGUACUGUCAUUGAAGAUCCUGCACCUCAUUUCGACAUAGAGUUUUAUAUUGAUGGAUAAUCGAGCUAGCUCACAUCUGCGUCUAAAGAUAGUCGUGUGGUCCUAGAUAGCUUGAAGACGAUGAUUUCAAGCUUGGUUCCAAUGAACUCGAACCACG